AUGGGAUAUCUACGAUGUGGCAGCAAACGACAUCUAGUACGCAUUAUGUUGGAUGGAGGCAGUCAGGCCACACUCGUGAGAACAGGAAUCUUUCCCAGAAUGGAGGGUGAUCUUUUCCAGGAUCAUGACCUUAGCCUUGUUGGCGGCAGUAAUAUCAAGCGGAAGCUGAGAGUCCUUGAUUGUGAGAUUGAGGAUUUACAAAGGAGUUGGUCUUAUCCGUUGACAGCUACUGAGAUAGAUAAGCCAUGCGGGAAUACACCUGUUAUUUUCCCUGAGCAUCUACAGUCCUAUGACCACUUGACAGGUGUAGAGAUAGAUGUGGCUCCAUCACCAGUCAUUGACCUGCUGCUUGGAGUGGACAAUACUCACUUUAUGGUAUGGGAACAGUACAUCAGGGGAAGCAGACCAGAUGAGCCAGUUGCGGUUAAAUGUCCUCUAGGUUGGUUUGUUCAAGGAGGCCCAGCAGCUAAUGCAGCACCACUCCUCAACUACGUCAGUGUAGCUGCUUCAGGAUCCCUGGAGGAGUUGAUUGAACUCGAGACAGCUGGUUUGGAGCCCAGGAAAUGUAAAUGCUUCUCUGAUGACGAGAAAGGAACUGAAUCCAUGCAGAAGAGUGUUACUCAACUACCAGAUGGCUCUUAUGAGGUUCGCUUACCCUGGAAGCGAUCUCCGGAAGAAUUACCAGACAACUAUGACUACGCAGUUAAAAGGCAGAAGAGCCUGGAGAACCAGUUCCGAGACCGGCCUAAUGAGUGGGAAGUCUAUUGCCGGCAAAUGAGAGACCAAUUGGAAAGGGGUGUCUCCCGGCAGGUUUCACAGGACGAGUUGCAACAAGACAGGGAUGUAGGCAGAAGGAUGUGGUUUCUUCCACACUUUGGGGUUGUUAAAGACUCAAAAACAACUCCAGUCCGGGUAGUUUACGAUGGUAAGGCGAAGUUCCAAGGGCGUUCACUGUCUCAUCAAAGGAGAGAAUGUUAA